GGGAGCCGCGGUCCCAGCAGCCGCCAUUUCCCGCAGCGCGGGCGCCAUGGAGGGCGGGUUCGGCUCCGGGUUCGGCGCCGACUUCGGCUCCGGGGGUGGCGGCGGGGGGAAGCUGGACCCGGGGCUCAUCAUGGAGCAGGUGAAAGUGCAGAUCGCCGUGGCCAACGCGCAGGAGCUCUUGCAGCGCAUGACGGACAAAUGCUUUCGGAAGUGCAUCGGGAAGCCCGGCGGGGCGCUGGACAACUCGGAGCAGAAGUGCAUCGCCAUGUGCAUGGAUCGGUACAUGGACUCCUGGAACACGGUUUCCCGAGCCUACAACUCUCGGCUGCAGCGGGAGAGAGCCAACAUGUGAAGUGCCCCAGCUCCUGGACCAGGGAGGGACCAUGUGGGGAAGGGGCGAGUGGCCAGUCCAGGUGGUUGGGGGCAAAAUCCUGCUGCCUUUCCAGCCCCUGCCAUGGCAGAGCAAUAAACCCUCACUGAACAUUUUGCAUCCAUUGGCUUUUAUUAGCACCAGACCCAGGAGCAAGUGAAUUUUCCAGCCUUGAGAGCCACCGUGAGCUGCUUGGUUUGCUUCAUGCCCUUCCCACUGGUCCAGACUGCCCACUACAUACAGCAGUUGAUAAAUCCCUACUGAGAGGCUGUGAGAGGCAAGGAAAAGGGAGGCCAAGCCAGCAACACAGUCCCCUUGCCCAGGAAGCAAGCAUGGACCCAGCCAUCAGGUAGUCACCCAGUCCCUUCUCAUCAGUGGAAAAGCUGCCAUAAGAUGCUCCACAUGCCACACUUGGCUCUUUUUUCCCUUGUAUUUGUGUAGGGGUAUGUGGGGCUCACUUUUGGGCUUGUGGGGUGUGACUCAGCUGAAGCAGAGUGUUGGGAGGCAGGGGUGCUCUUACUGGGUUUGCAGAAUGGCCUUGAAAAUAGCUGUACAAGCACAGCUGGGGAUGAAAGGGGUUGGGAAGUACUUUUAUUUAUUUAUUUAUAGAAUAAAAUAUAUUGUGUGGCUGUGA